GAGUUGUUUGGGUUAAACUCGUGAAAAAUGAGAAAUUGUUAGAAAAAUGUCGCGAAAUCUCUCUCCGACGCAGCAGAAGAUCGCGGAGAAGCUCUCCAUCCUCAACGACAGAUGUGUGGGAAUACUGACGAGGAUUUAUAACAUCAAGAAGGCAUGUGGUGAUGCCAAAUCAAAGCCUGCAUUCCUCUCAGACAAAAGCUUAGAAUCAUGCAUCAAACAUAUCGUCAGGAAGUUCCCCAACAUCGACAGCAAAUCGCUGCAAGCCCUUACCAAUGUACGGACGGAUAUCAUGAAGUCCCUCUCCCUCUACUAUUACACAUUUGUCGACCUCCUUGACCUGAAGGACCAUGUGUCAGAAUUACUUACCAUUAUGGAUGCCUUGGCCAUGGCUGACUCCUUGGACAUUAACGUGAGCUAUGACUUGACAAAAGGCUACCUUGAUUUGGUAACAAAUUAUGUAACUCUGAUGAUUCUUCUGUCGAGAGUAGAGGAUCGGAAGGCUGUUUUAGGACUCUUUAAUGCAGCUCAUGAAAUGGUCAACAAUCAAGGAGAUCCAAGUUUUCCACGUUUGGGCCAAAUGAUUAUGGAUUACGAAACGCCACUGAGAAAGCUUAAUGAAGAGUUUGUGCCUCAUGGAAAGCUCCUUUCAGUGGCUCUCAGUUCACUCUGGGUGUUGUAUCCUCGGAGAAACCUCCGAGCUGACCAGUGGAGGGCAGCACAAAUGUUAAGUUUGGUGAGCACACCAAGUCAGCUUUUGAACCCUGCUCAGACUGAUGUCAUGCCGUGUGAAUAUUUGUCAUUAGACACUAUGGAGCGCUGGAUCAUCCUUGGGUAUAUGUUGAUCCCACAGACAUUGCAAAAACAAGCAGCCCUUGAAUGUUGGGCGCAAGCUUUACAGACUGGAUGGGUUAUUACACUAUUCAGAGAUGAAGUGUUGCACCCACAUUCAUAUAUUCAGUCAUACCUGGAGACUAAAAAAGAACUCAGUAAACGAACAUCUGAUGUAAAGGAGAGUUAUUCUCACGCUGUGACACAUGCGCCACUCAUGCACAGAGAACGCCGAAAGUACCUACGUACAGCAUUGAAAGAGCUUGCCCUGAUCCUCACGGAUCAACCGGGACUGUUAGGCCCAAAGGCUCUCUUUGUCUUCAUGGGCCUCAGCUUUGCGAGAGAUGAAGUAUUGUGGCUGUUGCGACACCAUGAGAACCCACCCCUGCAGAAGGUCAAGGGCAAGACUGCUGAUGACCUAGUAGACCGACAGCUUCCCGAACUGCUUUUCCACAUGGAAGAGAUUAGAGCUCUAAUCAAGAAAUACUCUCAGGUGCUACAAAGAUACUACAUUCAGUACUUGUGUGGCUAUGAUGCAAUUGCACUAAACCAGCUGAUCCAGAGCUUGCAGAAUCUUCCAGAAGAUGAGUCAGUCAUCCUCUCGUCAAUGUGCAAUGAAAUUGGGAAUCUUUCGGUCAAACAAGAGGAAGGUGCAACAUUUGACUUCCGAGGCAUCCGCCUGGACUGGUUCCGCCUUCAGGCCUAUUCCACAUCAAAUCGCUCAGGAUUGCAUCUCAAAGAUCACAGGGAACUGACAGCUCUCAUCAACCAGAUUGUUUUCCACACCAAGAUGGUUGAUUUCCUGGAUGAAAUGUUGAUAGAAACAUCCGAUCUUUCCAUAUUCUGCUUUUUCAGUAAACAGUUUGAGGAUAAUUUCCACAUGUGCUUGGAGUUUCCAGCCCAGAAUCGUUACAUUGUCUGCUUUCCUCUAAUAUGUUCACAUAUGCAAGCCUGUACUCAUGAGAUCUGCCCUGAGGAGCGUUAUCACAUACGAGAAAGGAGUCUGUCAGUAGUCAAUAUGUUCCUAGAGGAAAUGGCAAAGGAAGCCAAGAAUAUUAUAACAACCAUCUGUGAUGAACAGUGCAUUCUCUCUGAUAAGCUCCUGCCAAAGCACACCGUUCCUCUCCUUAUUCAUAAAAAGAAAGAGAAGAAGAAGAAAAAGGAGGACACAACAGAGGGGCGACCAGGCUUUGAGAGCUACAGAAAAACGAGAGAGGAAUUGACAACGAUGGACAAGUUGCACAUGGCCUUGACGGAGCUUUGUUUUGCAAUUAACUACUGCAGUCAGAUCCAGGUUUGGGAAUACACUUUUGCUCCAAGAGAAUAUCUCUACCAGCACUUGGAACAAAGGUUUGCACGAGCACUGGUGGGGAUGGUCAUGCACAACCCAGACACCAAUGAGAUCGCCAAACCAUCAGAGCUUUUAGCAAGUGUCAAGACUUACAUGAGUGUGUUGCAGACUGUUGAGAAUUAUGUUCACAUAGACAUCACAAGGGUGUUCAACAAUGUCCUUCUGCAGCAGACACAAUUGCAGGAUAGCCACGGUGAGAAGACCAUCACAGCCCAUUAUAAUACAUGGUAUUCUGAGAUACUCCUUCGAAGAGUUAGUGCAGGUCACAUUGUGUUCUCAGAAAAUCAGCGUGCCUUUGUGUCGUUAACAGCAGAAGGAGCUCAGCCCUUUGCAGCAGAAGAAUUUUCUGAUAUCAAUGAGCUUAGAGCUUUGGCAGAACUAAUUGGACCCUAUGGGAUGAAAGCACUGAAUGAAAAUUUGAUGUGGCACAUUGCCAAUCAGGUGCAAGAACUGAAGAAAUUGGUGAUCUUGAAUAAAGAGGUUCUGCUCUCUAUGAGAACCAACUUCGACAAACCAGAUCAAAUGAAGGAAUUAUUCAAGAAGUUGCAGCAGGUGGAUAGUGUCCUAUCGCGCAUGCAGAUCAUCGGAGUGAUUCUCUGCUUCCGACAGCUGGCUCAGGAAGCCUUGGCAGACAUUCUUGACAACCGCAUUCCCUUCCUCAUGUCAUCCAUAGCUGACUUCAAGCAUCAUGUUCCAAAUGGUGACACAAUGAUUGAGAACAUAAAGCUGCAGCUUGUGAACGAGAUGUCUUCAGCCGCUGGCCAUCCGUGUGAGGUUGACCCAGCCCUUGUCAAUGUCUUGCGAUCUCAUAAGAAUGAGGUACCUGAUGAGGAAUUCAUCAUUACGUGCUUGUUGAUGGUAUUUGUUGCCGUUUCCAUUCCGAAACUUGCAAGGAUGGACAACACAGUAUACAAACCAGCAUAUGGGGCCCAUGCCAACAACUCCCAUUGUCUGGCUCAGGCAGUAAAUACACUUUUUGCUGCUCUCUUCACCUAUUGUGGGCGAGCGCAAGACAUUGAGGAGAGGUUGAAGGAGUUUUUGGCUCUGGCUUCCUCCAGCCUCCUGCGCCUAGGGCGAGAGAAUGACAAGGAUGUUAUAAAGAACAGGGAUGCAACGUACAUCUUAUUACAUCAGAUUGUAGUGCAGUCACCCUUCCUAACCAUGGACCUUCUGGAAGCAUGCUUCCCUUACGCCCUCAUCCGCAAUGCCUACCACACAGUACACAAGGCAGAGCAGUAGAUGAUGGUCAGAAACCAUUUUUAAAGAAUUACCUGAAUGUUCAUUCCCUUUCUUGUAUCCUCUCCUUCUCCCUCUGUCACUCUUUCCCAUUCUCACUCUUUCCACCCUUUCUUAUCCCUUUCCUUCUCUCCUUCAUUCCUCUGACAUGACCUGAGUUUUAUUUAGUCGAUAUAUAUAGUCAAAGGUAAAUAUUACUUUUAGUAUUGCCAAUAUUUAGUUGUUUUCAUGUUGUGGCACAAGAGUCCAUAUUCCAAGACAGAUUAUAUUGCCUUGCACAAAUUUAUUUGGUAAUCCAUCAUAUGAUUCACAAAUUCAUAGUUGAUUAUGUUGGCUUAAUUUGUAUGAUCAUUGUUUAGGUGUUUAUGAUUUUGGUAAAUCUCAUUUGGAGUGUGGUAAAAGGAUAGUGUUGGAAGUCAUGACUGAUGCCAUUAUUUUCGUUUUGCAAAGGAAAUUUUAUUAUUUAUAUUUUUUCCAGGUUUGAUAUAUAAAUCUAGAGAUUGAGUGACAGUGUGAUGGAUGUCACAUGUUAUUAUUUAUUUUUUCUUGUAGGGUCAGAAUACAAGCAAAAGAAAGUGUUAUAAAAAGUUAAAACAGUAUGAAGUCCCAGUCAUUUGAUAGUAUGCUGUCCUUUCAAUUCAGAUGAGGUAAUUAACUUUCAUCGUACUGACUUGCCUUUCAUUUUAGCCAUUUUUUUUUGUAUUUGAAGCUACUAAAGUUUACUUGAUGCUGAAAAAUUACAUUUUAAACAUGUUUGAAACCGUAGUGAUAUUAUGCAGAACAUAAUCCUCUGGUUCCUCUGUGAUUUUGGAAAAUAGUCUGUGUUAUAAACAAUUAAAAAGUUCUCUAAGUUAUUAUUGAUACUGAUACCGACACUAAAGUUAAGCCCUUGCACAGCCUUAGACAUUGUCAGUACUGUGAGAGAUAUUACUCUACUCUGAAUUGUUGCUGGAAAAGGUAAUGUGUAAGCAGGUUGUCAAGUGUGUAGAUAAUUGAUUUUAAUAACCUGUCUUUGGAUAUAUUUAUAACAAAGCAUUAUAUAUACAUGCAGAUUUUUAAAUGUUUCUCCUGUGUUCAUGUCAUGAUAAAGGUAAAAGAUGUCAUAGUAACUUUCCCAAAUAUGGAUAAUAUGAUGGUCACAAGCAAGGAAAAUACCAGUGAUUUUUGCAGUGUCAUUUGUUUUUAAAAUAUAUAUUUAAAUUGCGGUCGGAGACACUCAAGAUUUUUAUCAUUCUUGAAAUUUAGUCAGAUGGCAUGAAAUGCACAAAAGCCACAGGGAGUGAAAUUUUAUAGUACAAAUAUGCUUUUUUCAAUAGAUUGUGGAUUCCUGAUUCAAGAGUUGUUUUAUCAGCAUGUGACAAAUGUGGUGACAAAGGUGUAAGGAAAGUCUAGGUUUUUCUUGAGUUGAUAUUCAUUAUGUUUAUUAGUUUAAAUUUCCAUUUCAACCAUAAGUUUUUUUUCCUUCUAGCCAUGAAUCUUAAUGAGAGAACUGUCAUUGUAAUGUGUGGUAGUGUGCCCUUUAUAAAGUAUUACGUCUGAUGAUCAUAGUAAAUAGAUCUUGUGUUCAUUUGUGUUCACUUCCAGAUAAUGAAAGGCUAGGCUCAAUCUGCUUGUUAUUUCACAGUAGACAAUAUGAUCUAUGGCAGUUACUGUCAACAAGUGUUAAUCAUUAGCAUCACUAAUGCUAUGAGGCUUAUUUUAUAUAUUUUUUACAGGAACAUUUAUCUUAACAUUACAAUGCUGACAAUAGAUGUUUGUAGACUUCAUGAAUUUGUAUUCAUAUUAUGAAUCGCCUUGCUGUAGAUGCCCGUGCCCUUUAAACCACAACACUUCUUGCAAACAAAGUAAAAUGUACCAAUUUACACAAUCUUGAAUUUCACUAUCUAGCUUAAGUGUAUAUGUAUGUAUAUAAGUAUAGAAAGUAUGCACUACUAGUUGAUACUUGUGAGUUGGUAUGCCUUCAAUAGUCUGUUUGUUAUUUCUGCCUUUUUAGGAGAUAUUAUUUCAUCUUUUGAAUAUAUUGAGAAAGAUUCGUUAAAAAUUCCAUGUGAUGUUACAAACUUCACCAAACAAAGGAUUAAAUUAGAAGAUUUCAAGGGCAGUGAGAUCUCCGAUUAAUAGAAUCUGUAUGCGGAUGUGGUUAUAUCAUGUGCAAUUGUAUUAUUGCAAGCAUGAGAAAUAUUGAUUCCAUUUAGGUGCUCCAGCUUUGUUUGCAAAAAAAAGAAAAGAAAAGGAAAAAAACAAUAAUGAAUGAAAUAAGAUACGGUAUACCAAACAUUGUUUAUUGGUAAGAGACAGUUUCCCAAUCCCAGCUGAUGCUGGUGUCUAUAAGGAUAUGUUUUGUAAAGUUUAUGUAUAUGGUAUUAUCUGUGCUUCAAUAAACUUGGUUAAAAUAUUAGUUUUUUUCAGAAUGAUACAAUCAGUGACUUUGGGCUUAGAUUUUGGAAUCUUUCCUCUCAUUUUUAAAGCAUUAAUUUUUGCUUUUAGGAGGAUUUUCCAAAGCUCACAGUGACCUGUAUGUGUCAUGGUAAUCAAAAGCUGACUUGAAUUUCGUAGACGAUAAGGAAUUUUAGAGCAGGAUUUCAUAUAUAAUUAUUUUAUAUGUAUUUAAUUGUCUGAAAGCAGAAAACGAAACAAAAAAUAUUGUAUAUGUCUCGUGCUUGACAUAGCUCUAAAUUUUGGCUGUGCCUCACAUAGAAAAGUUUUGUGUUUUGUAGAAAAUUUUGAUUUCAGACUCAUAAGUGUGAGGUUCACCAGUGACCAUUUUGUAUGACAAUUAAAAGUCAUUAUUUGAUAGGGUGUGAUAACAAAAGAUUUCCCUAGACAGUUAAGAUUGCCAUCUUUGUCGCUCAAUAGAAGUAUGGUCUUAUUGCUGUUUACUGUAGAAUUUAUAUUCAAGCCUUCUAUGCAGUGGUCUAAGAAGUCAGCUUUUGAAUAUAACCAAAGGAUGAAUAAAUUUUGAAUUACCUUUA